CGGUUUCACCAUGGCGGCCUUGCCAAUGGUCGUCGAUAUUUGCCACAAAUCUUAGUGGCAUUGGCCAUAUUGGCGGUUGCUAAUGUAGUGUCAGCAGAUCCUUAUAUAUAUUCUUCUCCACCACCUCCAGCAUACGAGUACAAGUCACCAUCACCUCCGUCUCCUUCUCCGCCACCACCUUAUGUGUAUAAAUCUCCACCUCCCCCAUCACCUUCUCCCCCGCCACCAUAUGUUUAUAAAUCACCUCCACCUCCUUCUCCAUCACCACCUCCACCAUAUGUGUAUAUGUCUCCUCCACCCCCAUCACCUUCACCUCCACCGCCUUAUGUGUAUAAAUCACCACCUCCUCCUUCGCCAUCUCCCCCGCCCCCGUAUGUGUACAAAUCUCCUCCUCCACCAUCACCUUCACCACCACCUCCAUAUUAUUAUAACUCGCCACCUCCACCUUCACCAUCACCUCCACCACCAUAUUAUUAUAAAUCUCCGCCACCACCCUCGUCAUCACCACCUCCACCUUACUAUUAUAAGUCUCCACCGCCACCUUCUCCUUCACCUCCUCCACCAUACUACUAUAAAUCUCCACCACCUCCUUCACCUUCACCUCCGCCACAUUAUUAUUACAAGUCUCCGCCUCCCCCAUCACCAUCACCACCACCACCAUACUAUUACAAGUCCCAACCAACACCUGCUAAGUCACCUCCUCCCCCAUACUACUACAGUUCUCCACCACCACCACUAAUGUCUCCUCCUCCACCAUAUUAUUAUUCCUCACCACCACCACCAAAAAAAUCAUCUCCGCCACCAUAUCACUAUACUUCCCCACCACCACCAGUUAAGUCUCCUCCUCCACCAUAUUAUUAUUCCUCACCACCACCUCCUAAGAAAUCACCUCCUCCCCCAUAUCAUUAUAGUUCCCCACCACCACCAGUUAAGUCUCCUCCUCCACCGUAUUACUAUUCCUCACCACCACCGUCCAAGAAAUCACCUCCUCCGCCUUAUUACUANUAUAUAUAUAUAUAUAUAUUUAUUUAUUUAUUUAUAUGUUGCAAGUUUAUGUUCUGUAGAUUGAGGCCUAUUGGUAAUCUAGUGAUAAUUGAAAGUUUCAAUAUUCUUAUAUGA